AUGUCCUCCAAGGUUAUCCGCCGAAAGAAGAAUGUCAAGAAAGGCAUUCAGUUCUGCCUGAUGGUGUGUGGUGCUUCCGGAACUGGCCGGACCACCUUUGUCAACACUCUCUGCGGCAAGUCUGUCCUCGAGCACAAGGAAGCCGACGAUGCUACCAACGCGCACAUUGAGGAGGGCGUCAAGAUCAAGCCCCUUACCGUUGAGCUUGAACUCGACGAGGAAGGCACCCGAAUUUCGCUGACCAUUGUCGACACCCCCGGAUUUGGCGACCAGAUUGACAACGAGGCCAGCUUCUCAGAAAUCGUCGGCUACCUCGAGAGACAAUACGACGACAUCUUGGCCGAGGAGUCUCGUAUCAAGCGUAACCCUCGCUUCAGGGACAACCGUGUCCACGCCAUGCUUUACUUCAUCACCCCUACCGGCCACGGCCUCCGAGAGCUCGAUAUCGAACUGAUGAAGCGCCUUGCACCGCGUGUCAACGUCAUCCCCGUUAUUGGCCGAGCCGACACCCUGACCCCCCAGGAGCUUGCCGAGUCAAAGAAGCUGGUCAUGGAGGACAUUGAGCACUACAGAAUCCCCGUCUACAACUUCCCCUACGACAUUGAGGAAGACGACGAGGAUACCGUCGAGGAGAACGCAGAACUCAGAGGACUCAUGCCCUUUGCCAUUGUUGGCUCGGAGGAUGUGGUUGAGAUUGGUGGCCGCAAGGUCCGCGCUCGCCAGUACCCGUGGGGUGUUGUCGAGGUCGAGAACCCUCGCCACUCAGACUUCUUGGCCAUCCGAUCAGCCCUCCUCCACAGCCACUUGGCUGACUUGAAGGAAAUCACCCACGAUUUCUUGUAUGAGAACUACCGUACCGAGAAGCUGUCUAAGAGUGUGGAUGGCGGUGCCUCUGGUCUUGAUGCCUCCAUGAACCCCGAGGACCUGGCUUCCCAGUCCGUCCGCCUCAAGGAGGAACAGCUCCGACGAGAGGAGGAGAAGCUCCGCGAGAUCGAGCUCAAGGUCCAGCGCGAGAUCAACGAGAAGCGACAGGAGCUGCUGGCGCGCGAGUCUCAGCUCCGCGAGAUAGAGGCUCGCAUGCAGCGCGAGACGGCCCAGGCAUCCCCCGCGCUGGACACCAGCAUCAACGGUGGCGAGGAGUAA